AUGCCGGCUGAGAAGAGAUGGCACAUAUUGUUGAGUAUGAUGGUUUUGCUCGUCACCUCCAGCCAGUGUAUGGACAGCAGUGAAGCCAAGCAGAAGGACAGGAGGACGCUGCUGGACCUCCUGGUGCAGGUGCUGGGGGACGAGCAGCGGGACAGACCGGUGGCCCGCCGGGUCUCGCUCUACUCCUCGGGACAACACGUGAAGCUUUCCUCUCGUGAAAGGGCCACACGCCUGCCCAAACUGGACAACAGCAGGCCAAUAGAGAUUGUCCCGAGAGACGUAAGCGUAAAAGACAAGUUCAUAAAGCAUUUUACAGCAGGACCAGUCAAGUUCUCGUCCGAGUGCAGGACGCAUUUUCAUAGAAUUUACCACAACACAAGGGAUUGCACGAGGCCAGCAUAUUAUAAAAGAUGUGCAAGAUUGCUGACAAGGCUGGCAAUGAGCCCGUUGUGUGCACAGCCAUAGAAAAUGCAUGUCCUGAACUAACAGAAGGAGCUCCAAAAACUUUGGAGUGAAUAUUUUUUUCCAAAGGAAGUGCCUUCCAGAUCACAGCAGUUACCACUCGUUCUGUUUCCAUUCACUGUAGCUAUGUAAUUGUAUUAUUAAAAAUAUAUAUUUAUCAUAAUUUGUGUUGAUAUUAAAAUGCUUUCAAAAUAGAGUUCUGUUCAACAGCUUUGCUUUUUAUAUUCUGCAUUCUGAGGAGAAUAUGAUAUAUUUUAUGUUGCAAAAGUCUAUUUAUUUUAAUGACGUGUAAAUAUUUGAAACUGAUUACAAAAUAAUA